UCAGAUGACGGAGCGACGCCGCGACUUGAGCUCAUGCCACAAGGCGAGCCAAAAUGGCGGCUGAGUAGCUGUAGUUUCUCGAGCGGAAAUGCAAACACCCGUGCGCACGCGCACUUCAGUUCUGUACGCGUCGCUUUUGUUUUGGUCCUCGCCAGCCUGAGCCAGCCUGAGACAGACUGAGACAGCGUCCAUUCACCGCCGCGAAGGACGGCUUUCACCCUCGACCUGCUCCCGGCGUGUCCACCAUGGGUGCCGCGUCGAGCGCGGCCGCGGAGGCCGAGAGGCAGCCGCUUCUCGUGCCGUCCCACGCCGAGGCGAGAAGGCCGCCGGUCAUCAGCCGAGUGUUCGGCCGCAGAUGGCUGGUCCUGGGACUCUUCUCCACGCUGGCCCUCAUGCAGGGGAUGGUGUGGAACUUCUGGGGGCCCAUCCAGAACUCUGCCGUCCAGGCCUUCGGCUUCACCAAGUCCGACAUCGCCGUGUUGGUGCUGUGGGGUCCAGUGGGCUUCGUGCCCUGGCUGCUCUUCAUGUGGAUCAUGGACAAAAGAGGUCUGCGUGCGUCACUCCUCCUGUCGGCCUUCUUCAUGCUGCUGGGGGCGGUCCUACGCAGCAUUCCGCUGUCAGACCCGCCCCUCCGUCGCUGGUUCAUCCACGGGGGUCAACUUCUCAACGGUCUGGCCGGCCCCACCAUAAUGUGCGCCGGGCCCUUCCUGUCCACCACCUGGUUCGCCCCCGACCAGAGGGCCACCGCCACCGCCGUGGCCUCGCUCUUCUCUUACCUGGGCGGGGCCGUGGCCUACGUGGCGGGGCCUCUGGUGGUGCCCGCUCCCAACGGUACCACGGCCAUGACGGCAUCGGUGUCGGAGCAGUCCAUGCGGGACCAGAUCCAGCUGGUUCUGUAUGCAGAGCUGGCGAUUAUUGCCGUGCUGUUUGCCGCCGUCCUCCUCUACUUCCCCUCGCGGCCGCCCUUGCCCCCCAGUGUGGCCGCUGCCAGCCAGAGGCUGAGCUACAGGAGCAGCAUGUGCAGACUGCUCAGUAACCUGCGCUUUGUGAUGAUCGCCUUGGCCUACGCUGUCCCCACUGGUGUCAUUGCAGGCUGGCAGGGAGUCCUUGACAUGGUCCUGACACCUGCCAGAGUCAGCCAGGUGGACGCAGGCUGGAUCGGGUUCUGGUCCACGGUGGGGGGCUGUGUGUUCGGGGUGGCCAUGGCCAGGUUUGCAGACUCCAUCAGAGGAAUGUUGAAACUGAUCCUGGUUCUCAUGCUGGCUGGAGCUUCUCUGUCCUCCACCUGGUUCACACUCACCUGUCUGAGCAGCUACACUCACCUGCCCUCCACUGCAGCCAUCUUGUAUACGUCGUGCAUCCUGGUGGGCAUCUUCAUCAACAGCAGUGUUCCCAUCUUCUUGGAGCUCUUUAUUGAGACGGUCUAUCCUGUCCCUGAAGGCAUCACCUGUGGUGUCGUCACCUUCAUGGCCAACUUGUUCACUGGACUCAUGCUCUUCUUCCUCUCAUUCUACUGCACAGACGUGUCGUGGUUGAACUGGUGUGUGACGGGCUCCUGCAUCUUCAGCCUGGUGCUCCUCCUCUUCUUCAGGGAGUCGUACGACCGCCUCUACUUGGACGUCUUCGUGUCCGUCUGACUUGCUAGCGUGCUAGCAUGUUAGCAUGUACAUACUUUAAAAGGGACUUCCUGUUUUUAACUCUCAAAGAUGGCUGACAACCUCCAGCAGCCAAUCAGCACGCAGCAAAAGACACUUUUUAAAAGAAUUCAUGUGUGUCUGUUGCCAUGGUGAUCUGUGAUGUCACUUUUAAGCUAACAGCUAUUUUUACUGACGCUCGCUAGCUGGCCAGUAUUUAUUUUCAGUCUGGAUGAGAAGAUGGUGUGGUGUGGUGUGGUGUGGACGCUCAGACACGCCAAGAGAAGAUCAGAGAGGAUGGUGUGGACACUCUUGAGAAGAUGGUGUGGACACUCUGAGAAGAUGGUGUGGACACUCAGAGAGGAUGGUGUGGACGCUCUGAGAUGAUGGUGUGGACGCCCUGAGAUGAUGGUGUGGACACUCUGAGAAGAUGGUGUGGACGCUCUGAGAUGAUGGUGUGGACGCCCUGAGAUGAUGGUGUGGACACUCUGAGAAGAUGGUGUGGACACUCUGAGAAGAUGGUGUGGACACUCAGAGAUGAUGGUGUGGACGCUCUGAGAUGAUGGUGUGGACGCCCUGAGAUGAUGGUGUGGACACUCUGAGAAGAUGGUGUGGACGCUCUGAGAUGAUGGUGUGGACGCCCUGAGAUGAUGGUGUGGACACUCUGAGAAGAUGGUGUGGACACUCUGAGAAGAUGGUGUGGACACUCAGAGAUGAUGGUGUGGACACUCUGAGAUGAUGGUGUGGACACUCUGAGAAGAUGGUGUGGACACUCUGAGAAGAUGGUGUGGACACUCAGAGAUGAUGGUGUGGACACUCUGAGAAGAUGGUGUGGACACUCUGAGAUGAUGGUGUGGACACUCUGAGAAGAUGGUGUGGGCGCCAAGACAGAAAAGGGAAAAAGUGGACAAUUGUUUUGUUUGCACAAAGUCUGGACAUUUUUACUCCUUUGGUAGAAAAUGUGGUGUGUCUUUCUUGUCUCCUGUGGCUGAUUUCCUUUCAUGUCCUGUCUGCUUCCUGGGGGCGUGGCCUUCUCCACGUUGGAACAUGACCUUUGAACCUCCAGCACCUUAUUAAAAUCAUUUGAUGAAUAAUAUCAGUGCUUCUGCUUGACUUUCAAACACAAAAUGUUUCAUCUUGGGUUUUAUUUUUGA